CUCGCCGAAAUUUACGCACGCACAAAUAUAUUUAUAUGAAUGAGUGAAUGAGAACUCCGCCUUCUCUGCUCUCUCUCACAAUUGACUCAGCUCUCUUCAACCUAUCCAGCAUAUCCGAUCUCUCAACUCUCCCUGAACACAUUCUCAUCGAUCUCUUCCUGAAAACUCUGAGAGCUGGAAAGCUAAAUGAGAAAGUCUUGAAGCUUUUCAAAGAAACUGGCAAAGAUGAAAUCCUCUCACUAAUCCAGGCACUUAAUAUUCGGCAUACCCUCACCCCUGUCUUUCCUACCAGAUGCUCUGAAAGGUUUUGAGAUUGGGUGGUGUUGUGUGAGCACAUUGUAUAACAUUUUGAAGGCAAAGGUCCUUUAAUUAAACAAGGCCACACAAGUUUUGUUGUUUCUUGUUCUCUCAACGCCUGUUUGAAGAUGUCUAACACAAGCAUCAACAAUAAUGAGGUUGACAUCGUGAUUGCGGCAAUCAACUCCGACCUGGAGCCAUUCAUGAAUGAAUGGAGACCAGUAUUCUCCCAGUUCCACCUGAUUAUUGUCAAAGACCCUGAUAUGAAUGGGGAGCUCCGCAUUCCAGAAGGGUUUAAUGUGGAUGUCUUUACUAAGUCUGACAUAGACCGAGUGGUGGGCUCUUCCACUUCCAUUCUCUUCUCUGGUUACUCGUGCAGGUACUUUGGUUAUUUAGUAUCGCGGAAAAAAUAUAUUAUCUCAAUUGAUGAUGAUUGCAUUCCCGCUAGGGACACAAAUGGUGAUUUAGUAGAUGUAGUGGCACAGCAUAUUGCCAAUCUUCAAGCUCCAGCGACCCCUUUCUUUUUUAACACACUCUAUGAUCCUUACCGGAAAGGGGCAGAUUUUGUUCGUGGUUACCCAUUUAGCCUGAGGAGUGGGGUUACAUGUGCACUAUCAUGUGGACUGUGGCUUAAUUUGGCAGACUAUGAUGCACCAACACAGGCCCUCAAGCCAGGGCAGAGGAAUUCUCGAUAUGUGGAUGCUGUAAUGACUGUUCCAUUGAGAUCCUUAAUGCCUGUAAGUGGUAUCAACAUUGCUUUCAAUCGUGAGGUGGUAGGGCCAGCUUUGUUCCCGGCUUUGAGGUUGGCAGGGGAAGGAAAGUUGAGGUGGGAGACAGUGGAAGAUAUAUGGUCUGGAAUGUGUGUUAAGGUUAUAUGUGAUCACCUGGGACUUGGUGUAAAAAGUGGGAUACCUUAUGUAUGGAGAAGGGAAAGAGGUGAUGCCAUUGAAAGCUUGAAGAAAGAGUGGGAAGGGGUGAAGCUGAUGGAGGAAGUGGUUCCUUUCUUUCAGUCGGUUAGGUUACCCCAAACAGCUGUUACAGCAGAAGACUGUGUUGUUGAUAUGGCAAAGUCGGUGAAGGAGCAGUUGGGAAAGGUAGAUCCUAUGUUUGCUCGUGCUGCUGAUGCCAUGGGGGAUUGGGUGAAGCUCUGGAAGUCAGUGGGAUCCAGCUCACCUGGAGUUUAAUGGUUGAAUUUUGAUUCAGCCUUUUCUGUUAUUUCCUUCUUUGUUUAUCUUUGUUUUAACAGUAAUUUAUUUGUAGUAUAGAUUUUUCUCGAUGCUUCUAAUGUUGGUCUCCCUUAUCACUAUUAACUAAUGAUGAAAUUAUAUGAGG